CACCCGCGCACCCGGUUAGUGAGUUUCGUGCCAUUUCGCACUUAUCACGAUAUUUAUUGAUAAAUAUGGCGCAUGGCCGACGCAUAAUCAUUUAAAAGCAUCCAAACAUUGCCAGUUCGUUCAACUCUUCGUCAAAAGAAAUGUCGUUUUAGUAUAAGUUCCUUGGGUAGUAGCAUCGUGAACACCGCCAGCAUCGCAGUACACGUGAAGCGCACGUGAAGGUGCAAGUGCCAAAAAACGCGCGAAGCGCGCUAUCACUUCGUGAAAGCAGAGAAUCGCCAAACAUGGAGGCGGACGGCCGCCCGCCGGGCCUAGAUGGGGAUGUCAUUGUUCACAAUACAGAUGAGCAUCCAGAGAAACAGGGUGAUCAUCAACACAAGUUGGAGAAGAAUCGAGGCAACGAUAACGCCGACGUUGGCGUUAAUAAACAGCGAUAUUAUAACGUGACUGUGCACUAUUCAGUCAGCUUCAAAAAGUUGUGCAUGGUGACUGUGGCAUGUCCUUUUUUUGCCCUUGUGAUUUGCUUUGUUACUGCAUACAUCUUCCAGUAUGAUGACAUUCAUGAAACUCACUGCCGUGUAUAUAAUAUAGUCCCAUCAAUAAGUGCCAUAACUGGGGUGAGCCCUCAGCGUUAUUUGUGGCGCGCCAGCGUCGCCUUACAUCUUGGACCAAGAUACAUUAUUGCUGCUGUUUAUAGGGCUUAUCAGCAGAAUCUCAUCAACCAGAAUGCUGAUUAUUCUGUAAAAACCAAAGCAAAUUUCUGGCUGGAUUUAGCGUUUUGGUUGAAUGUAGUGGAGGUUACAGCCCUGGGAGGCGUAACGUACAUCUCCAACUUAGAAAACUAUCCUGUGCACGAAAAACUCUUCAUAGUUUUCAUGGUAACAAGCCUAUUCCACAUGGUGGCGUGUAUCAAGGCUGCACAAAUCGUCGCCAUCAGUAAUGACAACGUCGAGGCGGCGCAAACCGAGCUCUUCUACAAAAAGUUUCUCUUCUAUUUGUCGAUCGCGUGCACGAUCGGCAUGAUCGUCUUCUUCCUCAAACAUCGUUUAUUGUGUCACAAUAUGGCGUUCAGUUGGUUCGCGAUAUGCGAGUACGUGGUGGCAACGGCGAACAUGGCCUUCCACCUGACGCUGGUGUACAACUUCCCUAAUGAGCGUGUGGUGGUCGCCAACGGACUGCAUCCGUGCGAGGAGCGCACGCCCGCCCGCCACAAACGCAAACCCGAUUAAUACACGUGUGCUUGCAACGUGCUAACAACCACUCUAACUAGUCAAUUGGGUCUCCUUCUCGCUGGCGUCGCAAGAUGACACUCACACAUUUUUGAUUCAACUGAAAAUACUCGACGGCGGCUCUUGUAGAAGCCGCCUGCAGACUCGUAGCGAAACGAUUACCGAUUAUUGCAACAGGCUGUGCUGGGACGCCAAUAACUGAUAAUUGCGAACACAACACACCGUAGAUAUACCGAACAAUAAACGUACGUAAACCAUAGGUGAGAUUUUAAACUAAUGUUACCACACAUUAGGCUACUUUUAGUCGUUCGAACGUCGUUUUUAAGCGUCAAGAGAAGAGAAAUCAUUACAAGUUGUGUCAAAAUAAUGUACGAUACGACACGACGUAUAUUGUAUUACAUUUUAUUGUAGAUUACGUACGUACUUAAGUAACUUUUUAUAGAAUUACCAAAACUCCGUAGAGACUAGAUGAACAAAGUACCUUUUUCGAUUGGUAAUCAAUGAUAAUGAUUACAUUAGGUGAUUUUUGAACAAUGAGCGCUUUUUGAGUUGCUAUAGAAUCUCCAUCGAAGACAUCGCAAUUAGACUGAAGUUGUUAAUUUCUCUCCAAGCUUCUAUAUUCGUAUUGUUAUCCUGUUUAAAUGUAAUACAUAGUCGCCUAGCUAUGAUGAUGCACUUGUAAGACCUGAACACAAGUAUUCUGGGAUCAUUUUCGGCUGCGUUUGCUGCGGUUUUGCUAAUGACGCGACAACAAGUGGAGCAAAUUAUUUCUAAGCUAUACAUGUAUUGCUAUAUACAUAUAUUUUCGGAAACAGACAAAGCAAUUGUACCAGUAUUAUAACUUUUAUCGAACUUGUAUAUUGAGCAAACACCUCCGAGCGCUUCUAUGAAUAAUCUUUAAUAACUUUUAAAAAUGAUACUUCGAAACCUUCACACACACACAACAAAAAAAGUAACAAAUGAAUCGUAAUGUAACGAUUGUUGUUAAUGUUAUAUUAAUAUUUACUAAGAUGUCUCUCAUCUUAAGCGGUGUGCUUAAUUUGAGUGGGCGCGUAAUGAUUCUUCCAUUUCUAGGCCGCUGGCAUAACAUUACACUUGAUGAUUGAUUGUGAAUGGAAGGAAGUGUUAAGUUAAAAAUACGCACAUACAUUUCUUGUAACGAUAAAACUUGUACCUUAUAAGUAAAACCUUCGACUUUUUAGAUCUUCUGGAGGUGGAUGCGCGGCGGUGCGAAUGAAUGCAUUUGUUAUCAAACAUAUCCUAUUCACAAACAGUGUAAGAACUAACAAUGUUAUGUUUGUUGUUCAUCUGACGAAGAUUAUUGAUGAAUAAAUACCAAACAAAUGAGGCGGGGAGCGCUCUGUCAGGUUCUAACGAAAAUGAAACAAAGAGAAA